UUUUAAGUAAAAGACAAAAUCUUCAAAUUGUUUUUUUUCUCAAAUAGACAUGCCUGGCUAUACGUCGCUAAACUAAAACACCAAAGAAAACGGCAGCUGAAUCUCUUCAGGAAAAGGAUUGAAGGAAGAGUGCAGACAGGAAUAAAAACACGAAAAUGGUCUUCACACAUGGAAAGCCUCUUUUAAGCUAAAUCAAACAAAAGAAUAAUAUGGCCAACAUCACCAUUAUUAUCCCGGAAUUUGUGCUGGAUUGUGAAAUCAUUCCUGGGCAAAGAGGUCUGACUGUGGCUGCUCUUGUCAUAGUCUACAUGGUAUCCAUUGUUGGAAAUAUGCUGGUCAUCAUAGUUAUAAAAAUGAACCAUAAACUUCAUUCUCCUAUGUUUAUCUUUAUUGGGAACUUAGCAGUGCUAGACCUGGCAAACAGCACCAUCAUCAUUCCUAAGAUGAUCGCUGUUAUUCAUUUUGACUCCACUGUUAUAUCCUAUACAGGAUGCAUAGUACAGAUGUACGGUAUUUUGAAUCUGGAACAAAUGGUAGCUCUUCUUUUGGCUUUUAUGGCAGUUGAUCGUUAUGUUGCUGUUGUAUAUCCAUUAAGAUACCCCUCAAUUAUUACAAAAAAGCUGGUCUGGAUUUCAGUGUCAGUUUUGCCCAUUUUUGCUUUUCUUAUCCUUUUGUCAUAUUUAGUAUUUGCUACUGAGCUUUCUUUUUGUCAGACAAAUGUUCUGCCUUAUUGUCUCUGUGAUUAUGCUACUCUGGUGCAUACUUCAUGUAACACUGAUCCCAAAUAUUUAAGUUUAUUAUCCAUUAUGGUAUUGGUAUUAGGAGUAGGCCCCUUAUUGUUAAUUCUGUGCUCCUAUGUUCGAAUUGUAAUCGCAGCACUUAACAUUAAGGCUGGUGACAGGAACAGCAAGGUCUUCAGUACUUGUGUCACUCACUUAGUUGUCGUCUUGUGUUUUUAUUUGCCACCCUUGGGCUCUUAUAUUCUGCCGGGGUCAGGUUUGCAAGUGUCGUCCGCUGGCUACAAUGCAGUAUUCAUUGCAGGAAAUGUCGUGCCACCGAUGGUGAAUCCGGUCAUCUACAGCUUCAGAAACAAGGAAAUAAAAAGUAGCAUAUAUGGGCUUUUAACAGGGAAACGAAUCAAUCAGGAAAUUACUCAUCAUUAAA